GCGGUGCACUGUGGGUAGUCUGUGUUAUCAUGGCGGAUUAAGUAGCUGUGCGGGUGGGAAUUGAAGCGAAGUGUAAAUGUUUUGGUUUUUCUGCAAAAACAAUAGAAAGUUAUUACACGCUAUAUUAUAUGAAAAUGGCCACUUAGAAAGACAAGGCUGAAUGAAAUAAGGGCGGAUGUUCAAUAAGAAAGGUUGUUGGUUGUGCUGCGGUAAACACAAGAGCAAUAGAUCAUCGAGCGGAUUUGUAGAGCUUUUCCCGGGAGAGUUCAAGCUAAGAUGGCGUCCGCUGCAGAGAAUAACGAGACGAGGGAAGAGGACGAAGAGAAAAUGGAUAAGAGCGGUGAAACUACCGCGACUUUAAAAGAAGUGUUGAAAAAAUCUUCGUCUGACUCGAAAAUCAAGAAACUACGAAGGAAAAUUUCUCAAGGACUGAGAUUGUCAUUGACAAAAGAUGAGAAUGGCAGAGCGGAUGUCUCUUUGGAAGAAAGCGAUGGAAAUACAGAGGCUGAUGUUUUUGAUAGCUCCAGUACAUGUCCAAAUACAAGCAACCUUGCAGUAAGACCAGCUGUGAGAAGGACAGUGUCAGACUCAAUAGGUGCACGGCUUAGAAAGAUCAGCUUCGAGAUUGGGAAUGACAGGAGACACUCAGAUGAAUUUACACCUGAAGAAUUUAAAAACGUACCUCAGCCCCUGCUAUCCCCUCCUUUUGGUCAACUUGAUGCUUAUCAGAAGUUUGAGCAACUUGGAGAAGGUUCCUAUGCAACAGUAUUUAAAGGUGUUUGCAGUGCAAACAAGAAAGUUGUGGCUCUGAAAGAGAUCAGAUUGCAGGAAGAGGAAGGAGCACCAUUCACAGCAAUCAGAGAAGCCUCUUUGUUAAAGGAGCUGAAACAUGCCAACAUUGUAACUCUUCAUGACAUAAUUCACACCAAAGAUACUCUGAUGUUUGUCUUUGAGUUUGUGGACACAGAUCUAAAUAACUACCUUGAAAAGUAUCCAAGAGGAAUUCAUCCCUAUAAUGUCAAGCUCUUUCUGUUCCAGCUAUUAAGGGGUUUGGCAUAUAUUCAUGAGAGAAAAAUUCUUCACAGGGACUUAAAACCUCAGAACCUGUUGAUUAAUGAGGUUGGGGAACUAAAACUAGCUGAUUUUGGUUUGGCCCGUGCCAAGUCAGUUCCUAGCCAUACAUAUUCACAUGAAGUUGUCACACUAUGGUAUCGACCUCCAGAUGUUCUUCUUGGAUCAAAAGAUUACACAACUUCAUUAGAUAUCUGGGGUGCAGGAUGUAUUUUUGUAGAGAUGAUAACAGGAAUUGCUUUGUUUCCUGGAACAGGAGAUUAUAUUGCCCAGCUCAAUAAGAUAUGGCAGAUUGCAGGAACAGCAACAGAAGAAACAUGGCCUGGAGUGACCAGAUUUCCUGAGUAUAAUGCAGAUUUGUUUGUGGACUUUCCACCUCAACGACUUGGCAUUGUUGCUCCAAAGCUGCUGCUUUUGACUGGUGCUGAAUCUCUAGCCACAGGAAUGGUUCAGUGUGUUCCAAGAAACAGAAUAUCUGCCACUGAUGCCAUGAGACAUGCAUACUUUAGUAAUUUACCAAAGGAGGUGCUCACAUUACCUAAUGGUAUGAGAAUUUUUGUUUUGUUUGACAUAAAGAAUUUGAUCAUCCAUUCUAGAUACCAUUUGUCUAAGAUAAUAUACAAUAAUUAUUGUGUGAUUCAUAGGUGUUGUGUAUUGAAGGCAUCAACGGUUGAGUGUCCAUCAACACUCUGACAUUGAUCAAAAGGAACAACACUCGAUUGACAAUCGAUUGACUCUUGAUCAACAGCUUGUGCUAACAACAGAUUUUGUUCUGAUACAAUUGAACAUAGGACCGAACUCUCUUUUCUGCAAGACUUCAUUUCCUUAAAUGUAAUAUAUGUUUCCUGUAGAAAAACUUUUGAUAACAUAAGAUUUUGUAAAACAUUUUAAACUAAACAGUGCAUGUAGCUAUAUUUAAACAUCAUGUCAGGUUUUUGUAUUCUUGGUCAAGUACCUCGUGUGUGACUUAUAACCUCUUUCUCAGUACUUUCAGUGAUAUCAGUUUCUAAGCUAGAAAGUGUGUUAUCUCUAACACAGUAAACAGGACAGGUAAAUGUGAGGUUGUAUUGCGUUGUUUCAGAAAUGACCAUACCCCUCCCAUGGAAGGUUUUUAGUUUGAACCCUACCUCCAUGCCCCCUGGAAAUUCCAGUCUAACUACAUACUUUCCUUUAUAA